GACGCGCAUAUAGUUUUUCCUUCUUCCUCCUUCAUUUUGUCGUCGGUGUUUGUACCGUGAGCAUUGGUGUACGUAGAACGUGACACGUGCUAUAAAUUAAUUACAAGCUUUCCUUUUAAACUAAAAAAUAAUAAUGGCAGACGCAGCCGUCGAAAAGAAGGAUGCCGUACCCGAGGAAGUGUCAUCCACCGAGGUGAAAGAAUCUCCAGUCAAGAAGUCCCCAUUGAAAAAGGUUGCUGAAGCACCAGAAAGCAAUGGCAAAGAGGAAAAUGGCAGCGGAGAUGCUCCAGUGGGUACCCCAGCAGAGAAUGGUGAUGCAGAAGAGAGCAACGAUGCCACAGAGAAUGGUGAUGCCACGGAAAAGGCUGGUGUGAAGAGGAAAUCUGUAGCAGCAGAUAACGGUGACGCUACUGAGAAGACCACACCUGAAAAGAAAGCGAAAGUGGCAGAGGAAGCUCCACCGGCAGAAGCAGAGGAGGCUGCAGCCUAAAACCUUGUUUCUCUUAUUAAGCUUGGUUUACUGCAAUGCAUCAAUGUUCAUUAGGGCUCAACUCUCCCCGAUUAUACAUAUCCUAUUAUAGGUACCGUUCACACAAAGCCAAAAACCAUAGAUUUAUAUUUAUACAUACAUGUAUAUGAUCUGAUUAUAUAGUGAGUUGAGCCCUUUUGUGACCACAAUUAAGUUUAGGUUUAUAAUACAUUGUGUAUUAAACUUACCUGUGAAGUACCUGUAAAUUGUAAAUUUAAUGUAACUGUCAGUUGUGACUGGGAUGUGCAUCGCAGUGAACCGACCAACACAGUCGGUUUAGGUGUUGUAUGCUGUUUUUGCGUAUUGGUGUCUAUUUCAACAGACCUGUAGAGAUGGGUUAUUGAAUUGAUGGAAGUUUACAUAAUAAUAUAUGUAUCUGUUUUGGAUAACAUAAUUUUGCCAGUAAUAACAUACUGCCAAAGUAUUCACCCCGAGUGAAAUCAAUUCACAAUCCGUUCUGUGAACGACGCGAUUUUUAUAAACAGCUUCCGAAAAACAAGGAUUAUAGAUAAACUAAGAUUAAUUAAAAUGUUUAGAUAAAUAAUUCAGUUGUAAAUUUAAGUUAGCAGUUAAUUAUCGCACAUUGAUAUAUUACAUAGGCAUUAUUACUUAACCAUUUAAACAUUCCUUUGACAUUUGGUUAUGGCUUGCAUUGUGAACAAGAAAGGUUACUUUGUGGGUCGAGUGGAAGUUUAUCUUGACCAUUAUACAACGAUAGUACCUAACUUUACAUUUUAAAAUUCCGUUCUAUUCACAGAGGGGCGGUGGUUCCGUAGCUGACCGCCUGUUUAAAUGCGAUGACAUCAGCUCUUGUGAUCUCCUUUAGAGUCGGCUUGGGUCUACUUACCUCAAUAGAGGCCACAGUAGGUACUGUUUCAUCAUCAACCAGCCCCCCAGCUGCAGGCUUUCUUGGUGUGUCCUCUAUCUCAACCUCAAAGUUGGAGGAUUCAUCAGUCUCACCCCCUUUUAAGAAUCUGUUAUAGACCUCUAAGUUUGGGGGAAACACAUACUUGGAGAGGAUUUUGUUCCCUGUUGUUGAGAAUUUUAUGAGAUCAUCCGGGUUGUUUUCAGAUAUAUGAGGAGUACUUGCAACAAUUUGUACAAAUAAACUACCUAGGUUGGAUAUAUAUAAGAUAAUGUGGAUAUUUCACCAAAAUACGAUAGAUAGAAGGCUUUUAACAAAUUAAUUCGAUCUGUUAAACUUGCUGUUGGUCCCUUUAAUUUCUCGAAAUCAGCGGUUACAUAUUUAUCUUUCCACGUCCAGGUUCUAGAAGUUUCUGACGAUUUCAAAAAUGGGUACUCUCUAGUUAACUGAACCCAUUUAACUAAUGGGUCCUUCAUUACUUUGAGCGCUUAGUUGAGGUGGGAUCUAUAUAAAUGUUGUUACAACAGUUUUAAGCUAUUAUUGUUUAGUAUUCCUACUCACAGAGGGCCAUUUACUUAUAUUUCGACUGUUCACAUUGUGACACUAAUUUUAAGAUUGAAAAUUAAUUGAAGUUCAAAGUUGACAAGGUGAUAGUUCAUAUUGACAUAAAUAUUACUUCAGCGUGCUAUUUUUGUAUUCCUAUGGACAUUUUUAUUUUUCUUGUAUCCUGUUUUUCUAAUUUAUUUUCAUUUGUAUGUGAUAGUUAACAAACCUCGAAUGUAAGAUAACAUACUUAUGGUUUAUAUUUUUUCUUUAAAUUCAUUUAAAUAUUUUAACACCUUGUGUUCCAUCGCUAGGGAUUAUUUGUAAUGUUAAGAUUUUAACUAACUUUUUCAUAAACUGUAAAUCUGGUGAUUCAGUUUUUAAAUUUUGAUUCUUGAAUUUGAAAAUACAUUUAGUAUUAGAUUUAUAGUAGCGUGUACAGUUUUAACACUUUACUUCUCUCACCUGUGGAGUUAGUGUUUGUAAAACAUUUCUGGCAAUAAAAUAGUCCAAUCAA